CUGUAUCCCUUGAGCAGCGGCUGCUCACACAACAGUUCUCAUGCUACUUGCAAGCAGCUCAUUUGCAGGAGCACCAGCACCGUGCCCGGAGGAUGAAUGAAGCCUACAGCUCUGCAGCACCCCGACCCAUGAGCAGCACCUCUCCCAGCACCAUGAAAAUGUUUAUGUGCUUCCUCGCUGUAUUCAUGGUGGUACAGACCAUUGGGACCGUACUUUUCUGCUUAUAUCUUCACAUGAAGAUGGAUAAGAUGGAAGAAGUGUUGAGUUUAAAUGAAGAUUACAUCUUCCUGAGGAAAGUGCAGAAAUGUCAGACGGAAGAAGGUCAGAAGUCGACAUUAUUGGACUGUGAAAAAGUUCUAAAAGGCUUCCAGGACCUCCAGUGCAAGGAUAGGACAGCCAGCGAGGAGUUGCCAAAAUUUGAAAUGCACAGAGGUCAUGAGCAUCCCCACUUGAAGAGUAGGAAUGAGACAUCUGUGGCAGAGGAGAAGAGGCAGCCGAUUGCAACGCACCUGGCAGGGGUGAAGAGCAGCAGAGCAGUGCGAGUGCUGGAGUGGAAGACGACGAGCUACGCCCCAACAAGCAGCUUGAUAUCCUACCAUGAGGGGAAGCUGAAGGUGGAGAAAGCAGGGCUCUACUACAUCUACGCACAAGUCAGCUUCUGCACCAAGGCGGCGGCUUCGGCGCCGUUCACCCUCUAUAUUUAUUUGUACCUCCCCAUGGAAGAGGACCGUCUCCUGAUGAAGGGACUCGACACGCACAGCACCUCCACAGCCCUCUGUGAGCUGCAAUCCAUCCGGGAGGGCGGUGUCUUUGAGCUGCGGCAGGGCGACAUGGUCUUCGUCAACGUGACGGACUCAACGCUAGUGAACGCCAACCCUGGCAACACCUACUUUGGCAUGUUCAAGCUGUAGAGAGGAGGGGCCCAGCCCGACUCUGUUGAGCCAAGGGGCUUUCCCUGUUUCCCGUAUUUAUGUUCCUCUGCCUCUUUGUUGUUCUUGUUUCUUAUAUUGUAUAUUUUGUUAUUUAUUGAUGAGGGCCGAGGGGCCCUGAGAACAGGAAAGGAAAAAAGUUUGAAGCUGUCGUUGUCUGCACUUCUCUUUUUUCUUUCAUUGGUAGGGUAGCGUGUCUGGUCCGCCAUGUCCUGCUCUGCUAGCCCCAUUAUGCCCCAUAAUUUAGCAAACUCUACCAACGCUCUUUCCUUCCUAACACCGUAGGAUGGCUCAGGGCGCUCCAGCCAUGCUAGGUUUGUGCAUAUCUCCUGUACCCAUCUGCUUACAGAACAUCAAUGGAAAAAAAACAUUAAAAGGCUGAAGAACAUCUCCUCUAAAGGAAUCGAUCAGCCAGGCACUGUCCCUACGUGUUGACUGUUGGUGAUACAUUAUUGCCACCCUAACUGUAUUAUGCUGAGAACUCCUUUUUUCCACUCAUAACUGCCUACAGGACUCAGUCUUCUUGCUCGACACGGCCAAGUUUGUGCUGGUUGAAAUUCAACCAUCAUUGAAAACACUGUUGGUGUCUGGGGGUGGCUGCUGCUUUCAACCAGAGCUCCGGUGAGGCACUGGUGUUGCUCUGCUUUUGAUGAUCCAAAUUUGCCCAAGAGAAUGCUUUGAUACCAGAUAGAGAGCUCCUGUGGAAGGGGCUUUGGCCAUCGUGGUCAGGUUUGGACAUGCUGCCUCUCUCUAGCUCUCUCUAGUCCUCCAUGGGAGCAGGACCAGGAAAGCACUGAGGUGGCAGGAGCACAAGGUGAUGGACAAAGAUUGGGAACACUCCUGGAGGCAACAAGUCUGCAAGUGGAGGAUAUCAGAUUUGGGUGCUUCCUAGGGUUUGCGUGGCAUGAGGCUGUGGGCCUGGUCCUGCUGUGGUGCUCGAGUGCAGGUGCUGCCAGGUUGGACACAUCAGUGGUGGCUGCCCAUCGCUGGCUCCACAAAGUCAGAGCAAGAUUGCUCUGCCUGCCUGAUUUUUUCAUAAUUCAAUUUGCAGUUUUGUGGCUGUUCUCCAAAGCUGCAUAACUUUGUCUGAGAACGGAGCGUUCUUGUACCAUGCCAUGUAUAAAAACUAUUUAUUUAACAUGAACUAAAACUGCCUCAUAUUUAUGGACAGAGGGACUAGCCCAAAGUGCAUGGGAAACUGCACAGUGUGAAGGAGCUGCAUGUGACUGUGGUUGUGUUUUGCAAUGCAUUUUGACAUUUGGUGUCCCCAUUCCUGAGUGUAUCUGAAGCAUCGUGCAGGCUGCAGAGCAUCGCUGAGCCAUGCAUCCCACAGCAUCUGCUGCAAUGGGGCUUUGCACAACAUUGUGUCCCAUGGAUGGGGGUUUUGUCUGCUUUGAAUGCUGCAAACUCUUCCUAGUGUGACCUCUUGAUGUCCUACAUGGUGUCUGGGGAUCAACAGGGCAUCAGGACAGUGCAAGGGACACAGUGGGGACAGCUGGCCCCAAACACAUUGGGACACAUUGGAGAUGCAGGGCAGGGCUGGGUGCAUUCCAAGCAAGGGCAGGAGAGCAGGAGGGCAGCAUGAGGUGCAGCUGGAGGGGCUCGUUUAGGAGAUUUAUAGCACCUGGUUGGAAGAGGUCUUUUGCUAUUGCCUGAGUGAUGCAAGGUUCUCUUUCCUGCUUUGCAGCAGGUGGAUGGGAUGGUGUGGGGCACAAGGUCAGAGCCUGUAGGGAUCUGGGUGGGGAGGGCAGUGCUCUCAGGAGUAGAGGUGCUGCUGGGCUGGAAAGCUGUUAAGUGCUAUCUCUCCCUUCCAGCGAGUCUCCUAGCCUCGCACCGCUGCCUUUCCUGGGGCUCUUGUUUCUUGCCUCUGUUUCUUCGCUUGCCAAAAAUAGCCUGUGGGAUGCUGAUGAGAGGCUGCACGUGGGAGGAGAGGCUAUGUGUGUGUCACCAUCCAGCUGUCAGGCUCAGCCCAUGGCCUUCUCCCGGGCUGCUUUGUUCUCCUCCCCUCCGUGGUGCUGCAGCUUUCCUCUCCCCGUGGAAAGUUUGAAGGUCAUCAAUACUCUGAUUUUUCCUUCACUGCAGGGCCCCGCUGUCACUUAUUGGGUUUUACGGUUUCUAAGCUGAUUUUUCUCCUUCCUGAGCGAAGAAGUGAAAAGGGGCGAGGGGAAGAUGAAUACGCUUUGGUGGCAGCUGCCCUGGCACGUGGCACCAAAUGGGCACCUCUCAGGCUGCCCCAGCCUCACUGGGGGUCUGACUGCACACAUUAAGCUGCUUUUUGGGUCUGUUCUUACACUGGUGGCUUUAGAUGCCCAGCUCUGUUGCCUGGAGGAUGCUGGUGCUGCUUGCGCUAUUUUGCUUGUGCAAAGGGACCUGGUGUAAGAGAAGGGGAUAAAUGGGGUCCAUAUUCAGUAGAGAGUGGAGAGCUCUGGUUAAGACCUGGAUUUGGCCCCAUGGGGACUUGGGAAGGCAGGUGCUCUCUCCAAAAGAGCUGAUGGUUGCUUUGCCUUUGCUCUCUGGACCACUUGAUGCUUGAGGACACUUGGGUCUGGAUAUAGCACUGCUCUGGCUCUGCAGUUUCCUGAAGUACCACUGAGUGUCCCACCAAAGAGUUAAAGAUACCAGGUGCAAGAGAGGACUUGUCCAAGCAGUAGACCAAAGGAAAUCCUGUCACCACACCUAAUCCCCAGAAAAAAAAAGAUAACGCGGUAACAACAACAACAACAACAAAAAAAAAAAAUUAGGCAGGAAGUGGCUUAUCUACAGCAACCAAGUGGUGCAAUGGAGAAGAGCUUCUCUCCAUAAAGCAUUCCUGACAACAGGACACAACUGGGGCUCAAGGGAUGGAAACACAUCUCUCUGCCCCAGCACCAAUGGGAAUGACCCCUAAAUGCCAUGGUGACCAUCCACACCAGCAUUUCCCUGCUGUCCAGUGUGUCAGAACACAGCAUUUCAGUCCUUUUCUCUGAAACAAGAGAUGCCCAUAGCAAGUGCUGCUGU